CGCCUGACGGACUGUAUGAUCAUUAUAUUCCGCCAAUCAGAAGUCACGUGCUAGUCCGUCCUCCUGGUACUUGUAGUACAGUUUAAAUGUUGUUGCUACGUUAAAAGCAGAAUUUCGGUGAAACCUAUCCUGUUCUGCCAUAACAAUAAAACCACCUACCUAAUACAAUCAGCCAUUGUGAGCCCUGGGCGUCCAUGACACUGUCCCCAUAUCCACCUCUGGAAGACUAUUAUUAAGCAGACAUGGACAAUCCCCCUAUGUGUACUUCAUCACCAAUGUACAUUGGCUCUCCGGAUCCUCAGAACAAUGUAUCACUAAAGAAACCCAUAAGUGCGACUCUUCGAGAGCGUCUGAAAAAGUGUCGGAGAUCAUUUAGUUCAACGUGUUCAGUGGCGAAACGGCUGAAAGUUGAUGGCGAUGAGAGUGAUUCUUCCCUUCCCAAAAAUGUACAGAAUAACUCUGCGGACACAGGAUCACCAGGUGGUCUUCUCAUUCCUGGACCCACCAGUGUGUCUGAAGACGGACCAAAACUAGAAGCUUCUCCUUCUAAGCCUGACGUUCCUGCUUGCAACAACCAUCAGGAAAUGGUGCAGGAGAAAAAGAGAUUGCUGAAGCGAAUACAGGAGAAGGAAGAACAUCUGAGGAGACUGAAGAUGGUUAAACUGUAUAGGUCAAAGAACAAUCUGGAAGAGCUACAGUCUCUGAUAGACAAGUGGAGGGAGAGCAGCCAACUUCUAUUGCCUGAGAUCCAGAAAGCAUUGUCUACAGCAAACCAGAAGAUCACUUUAACACAACUGAUAGAAAACUGUGGACUGGAUGAGAAGUUACUGCGCUACAACAGAGCUGAGGAGGACUUUGAUGCAUAAUGUCUAUGGAGACCUGAAAUUCUUAAAUAUAUAUUUAAGUUAAUGUGAUUGGACUAUGAGCUGGGUUUUCUGGUGUGUGAUAAAGAACAUUUAAAUGGAUAACAAUAACACGUAAAUCCUAUUUUAACAUGCUAACCUGAACUGUAAACCAGAGGUCAAACCUCCAACUACGGUAACUAUUUUUAUGGUUGGUCCGACUGGUUAUAAAAGUAAAAACAUGUUACUAUAAAGUAUUACCUCCAAUCGAAAGGGAGAAUGUGGGGUUCUGUUCCUGUUGUUGAUUUAGAAAAUAAAAAAACAUUACAGCAAUUAUAUCAAACAUUUAUUUGGGUAAAUUCAGAUUUUGCUACCUAUUGCCUUUAUUGUGGAACAAAAUCUUAACAAAAUAUGCACAUUUGAACCUAAUCCUUCUGCUGAAUUGAAUUUUACAGUUCAUAAUGUUAGGGCUUAAACAAUCAACUAAUCGACUAUUAUCAUUUAUUAAUCGGUUGGUGGAUUAUCACUAUGUAUAUAUGGACCUGCGGUCCUCAGAAGCCUGUGCAGUGAAGAGGGGGUCCAGCACAUCAUCAGACUGCCUGAUUUUCCAUUAACACCAUUCAAGUCUGAGACUUCCAGGAUGGAACAUUAGGUAGUCUGCCUGAUGAUGUGAGUAUCGGCUCUAGUCUCGGGCAACGGGACAUCCCUUUUUAGUUUAACCCAUAUCCUGCCAUUGGCUACAAAGAUAGUAACGCUUUAAAGUGUUGUGGUUUAUAUUGCCCUGUAGCACAGUUCUCCUUUCUCUUAUUUUUUGGCCUUUUCCUCCUUUUCUUCAGGCUCCUCAGGGAUUUCUUGCUAUUGAGUGACAUUUUUUUGUCGCACUACGCCACACUUUGCACCAGUAAACACAUAAAAAAAAUAAACAAGUUAGGAGGAUUAUUCAACUGAAUAGAAAACCCAACUCCAAUAGUAAGUCAGGGCCAUUUUUUUUCUUUUUUUUAAUGAUCUAAUUCCAAUGUUAGAAUUAUGAACGUUUUUUAAUAUGUGUUUAUUGACUGAUGCUGCUCUUUAAUAGAAGACAUUUUUAACUCGGUACAGCCAAUUUGUUAUCCCCUGUUAUUUGCUCUGGUUGGUUUAAAGGAGUAGUCCAGUGGUGAACCCAGUGGUGAACAACUUAUCCCCUAUCCUAAGGAUAGGGGAUAAGUUUGAGAUCGCGGGGGGUCCGACCACUGGGGCCCCCUGCGAUCUCCUGUACGGAGCCCCGACAGCCCGCGGGAAGGGGGCGUGUCUACCUCCGCACGAAGCGGCGGCCGACACGCCCCCUCAAUACAACUCUAUGGCAGAGCCGAAGCGCUGCCUUUGGCAAUCUCCGGCUCUGCCAUAGAGAUGCAUUAAGUUUUUCACCACUGGACUACCCCUUUAAUUUAAAUGUUUUUUUGCAAAUUAUUCGGUGGCUGCCCCAUCCACAGCCAUGUUCUAUGGAUUAUUGUCUUAAACAAGUUUUCUUAGGGGGAAGUCCAGAUGUUGUGUAUUAUUCAUAAAAUGCUCUAAAUGUAAAAAAAAAAAAAAAAAAAUGUAGUGUGU